AAAAGACAUCUUAUCCCCCCUACCCCCCACAGACACCAUUGCACAGCCAAGAGAGCACAGCAUGGCAUUCAACAUGUGGAAAGACUAUCUGGACCUCAAUGCCAUCCUCAAAGAAGCUGUGACACCCAGCCAGGUGGCAGCACAUGCCAGCAGCCAAGAAGAGGCACCAGAUCCUGGCACUGUGCCACCAGCCCAGCAAGGGUCCAUGAGAAGAGCAAGGAAGCAGAGGAGCCCCGGGGGUGAGGUGCCCCAAAACUGCCAACCUGAUUUUAUACCGUGCACCUUCUGCAAACACAACGGGGAGGCACCCAGCUUGUACAAUGCCCACAGCCUGAAGAACAACACUGGCAGGGUGGUGUGCCCGAUCCUGAGGAGCUAUACCUGCCCGCAGUGUGGGGCAACGGGGGACAAGGCACACACCCGAAGAUUCUGCCCCCUUACUAAGGACACUUAUACCUCUGUGUACCACACCACGACCAAGAACCAUGAUGGCAAGAAGACCAAGUAGAUGGCACUUGGCACCACUUGGGAUACUGGUGAUGAGUGACUGACCCCUGAAGAUCAUGCCUACCAGAGAUGGUAUAUAGAGCAGUUGGGCACCAUGUGGAGACCACAGACUCUUACACCUUAUUGUGCCAUAGUACCUCCAGGAACCCAGAUGGCAUAAAGAACACGUGGUUGGCACCAUGGAAAGGACACUUGGCUGUGAGGCCACAGGGCACCUCAGACUCUUUUUGUACCAUUCCACCUCCAGGAACCCUAGAGAUGUUGGCACCAGGGUGAAGGCCACAGACUCUUCUUGUACCAAUCCACCUUCAGGCACCCUGAUGGCAUACAGAGCUGUUGGCACCUGGCACCAUGGUGAGGACACUUGGAUGUGAGGCCAGAGGAGACUUCAGACUCUUACACACCUUCAUGUACCAUUCCACCUCCAGAUGGCAUGUAGAGUAGUUGGCACUUGGAUGUAAGGGCCACAGGGGACUUCAGACUCUUCUUGUACCUCUCCACCUCCAGAUGGCAUGAAGACCAAGUAGGUGGCAUCAUGAACGCACUUGGACGUGAGCGUCACAGGGGACUUCAGACUCUUACACCUUAAACCAGGUGGCAUGAAGUGGGCACCGGGCAUCAGCCUGUUGCAGUUUUUAUUGUGCACUUUUAUUAUUACUGCAGUUUUAUUUUAUAUUUUUUUUAUCGUAGUUUUAUCCAAGUUUUCUUAAUACUUUUAUAUCUAGUUAUUUAUAAGGUUGUGUAUGUAUG